AUGGCUGGCCCCCGCAGAGAUACCCCUUUCACAAGCGCAAUCCUUGAGGUACCGAGGCUCCCCAGCCUUCCCACAGAGCUGUGGACGAGGAUAUUCACAGAAUGUCAGCCAACGGACGACUAUCCAUCGCUUCAUCGAACCAUGCUCACAACUGCGAUCAUCCACGUGUCUAAACAAUGGAGGGCCAUGGCUCUGGGCUGUGGUGCGUUAUGGGCGUCAUUUGAAAUAGCUGUCGAAGAAUACCCUUGCGCCGGGCGGCACGAGGAGUUGCAGCAGCGACUAUCACUUUGGCUCCAGAGAUCGCGCAGCUACCCUCUUAGCAUUGCUGUACGCUACACGCCAAAGACAUUGUCUUUCCCGACAAUCUCCGGGCAGCGUGGAGAACAGAUCAAGGCCGUAGUCCGUCUGUUGGCGAUGCUGUUAGAGCACAAACAUCGCUUCCGAUCCCUUCGUCUACGUUUACCAAGCCGAAGCCUUUCAGCACUACAGGCAUUGCAGAAUGGACCUCUCAACUUACUCGGAUCAUUGGAUAUUGAGACAGUAGGCACCGAUGUGUCGCCGCCGCUCGACCUGGCAUCUGUUAAUGUCAACUGGACACGUUUCACGACGUUGCGGCUUGAUGUAUAUCCCCGCAUACCUGUCGACGACUGCUACCGUGUCCUAUCAAAGGCGAAUAACAUGAAGUCUUGCGUUAUGACAGUUGAAGGCUCACACACGCCUCGGGUAGAACCCUACGCGCCCAUAACGCUCGCCGAUCUACAAACCCUCCAACUUCGCUUGACGAACUCUUCGCUGGGCUUUUCUAGUCACUCCUUCUCCGAAUUGCUCGACUCCCUCCAUUUGCCCAGAAUCACCAACUUAGACGUGGCCUGCUUGUUUGAUUAUGACAGCUACUCCGAGUCCAAUUUCCUUCGGGAGCUUAAGUCUCUCCUCCUAAGGAGUUCCCAGUCGCUUAAGACACUCUCCUUGACGAACGCUCACUACAGCGACCAGGAACUUCUAUCAAUACUCCGCGAGACCCCCCGCAUCAGUGACUUAUCACUCAAAUUCCCUCUACGGGCAGGCGAGGACCCCAUAUCCGAGGAAUUCAUCCGCGCUUUCAUUUCGGCAUCCAAGGGCCAGCCCUUCUGUCCCCACCUCGCGAAUUUCCGUCUACAGUGUCACGGCGCACGAUUCACGGAGGUAUCACUCGUUAAGAUGAUCUCCUCAAGGGUCUCGCAAACCGGCGUGGUGGAGGCGCUCCGUUCUUUCGACUUAUUCUCUGCAAGAGGAGCAACUACCUUGCUGACGACAGCGUCUGCGGCUUGGGUAGACAACGGGUUUCGACUGACGACAAGUUCGAUGACCAUUCUAUGA